AAGGAGGUAGAAGAGGAGGCGCGGCGGCAGCUGCAGAGCUGCGGGACCUGCUGCAGCCAGCAGGGGGCAGAGGGAGUUCGAGUCCCGGAGGCUGAAGUUCGGGAGCCAGAGCUGCCUCCUCAGUCCCCAGGCCGGGCCUCGGGGGAGGUCAGGGUGAGGGGGUCCCGGACCGGCUUCUGAGGAGGAAGUCACGUGGGGCCGGGACUCACAUGACCGGCCGCGAGAUGGACCGGCAGCUUCCCGCUGAGGCGGCGGCUGCUGCGAUUGGGGACCUCGAGACGGCAGACUUGCCAAAGCCUCAGGUAGUCCAACAGAAAGAGCCAGAUUCAUUUCGAAUGCAGAUGCCUCAAGGAAACCCGUUACUGCUGUCUUACACCCUUCAGGAGCUGCUGGCCAGGGACACUGUGCAGGUGGAGAUUAUUCCUGAGAAGAAGGGCCUCUUCCUGAAACAUGUGGAGUAUGAAGUUUCAAGCCUGCGCUUCAAGUCAUCCGUGUACAGAAGGUAUAAUGACUUUGUGGUCUUCCAUGAGAUACUGCUACAAAAGUUCCCCUAUCGAAUGGUGCCAGCACUUCCACCCAAGAGAAUGCUGGGAGCUGACAGAGAGUUCAUUGAGACUAGACGGAGAGCUUUGAAACGCUUCAUUAACCUGGUGGCUCGACAUCCCCCUUUCUCAGAGGAUGUGGUCCUGAAGCUGUUCCUCUCAUUCAGUGGCUCAGAUGUACAGAAUAAACUAAAGGAAUCAGUGCAAUGUGUUGGAGAUGAAUUCAUGAUUUGUAAACUGGCUACUCGAGCCAAGGACUUUCUCCCAGCUGACAUCCAGGCACAAUUUGCUGCCAGUCGAGAACUGAUUAGAAAUAUCUAUAAUAGCUUCUAUAAGCUUAGAGAUCGGGCUGAAAGGAUUGCAUCCCGAGCCAUUGAUAAUGCUGCUGACCUUCUCAUAUUUGGGAAAGAAUUAAGUGCUUUAGGAUCUGAUACAACACCACUUCCCUCCUGGGCCACAAUGAAUAAUAGCACAUGGGGGACCCUAAAACAGGCCUUAAAAGGCCUUUCUGUUGAAUUUGCACUGCUGGCUGAUAAAGCUGCACAACAGGGUAAACAGGAAGAGAAUGACGUGGUGGAGAAAUUGAAUCUUUUCUUGGAUUUGCUCCAGUCCUAUAAAGAUCUCUGUGAGAGACAUGAAAAGGGUGUGCUUCAUAAACACCAGCGAGCACUGCACAAGUACAGCAUGAUGAAGAAGCAAAUGAUGAGUGCUACAGUACAGAAUAGAGAACCAGAGAGUGUGGAACAGCUGGAGUCCCGCAUUGUAGAGCAAGAAAAUGCAAUCCAAACAAUGGAACUCCGGAAUUAUUUCUCCUUAUACUGUCUACAUCAAGAGACCCAGCUUAUUCAUGUCUACCUGCCUCUUACUUCACACAUCUUAGGAGCCUUUGUCAACUCUCAGAUACAAGGUCACAAAGAGAUGAGUAAAGUUUGGAAUGAAUUGAAACCCAAGUUAAGCUGCCUCUUUGCGGGACCCAACAACAUGCCAACACCACCACGAUCACCGCAGGAGAGCAAUGUGUUUUCCCAUUAGUCCCUAGAGAGGACUGCCUGCAGUGCUAGGAGUACCCUUCCAGCCUUACUAAAACAUAUCAUCAAACUGUAUCAUUGUGUAUUUCCCUUAAAAAAUAGCUGCCAUUUGCUGGUGCUCACAGGUGGUUGGACUGACGGAACUUGAGCAGAAGACUCUGAUUCAGUGGUAGGGAUGAGAUUCAGAUUUCAGUUUCCUAUCUUGUUCUCUACUCAUCUUUUUUCAUUUCAUAAUGUUUAGAGGCAAGAUUGAGAGACACCUUAGUGCAGGGUUACUUUGGAGAGGAAAAAGAAUGCUCUUGGAGGCUGAAGGGCUGUUUGUAGUGGUUGGUAAUUCCUUUUCCUCUUACUUACAUUCAUCUUUUCUCUCCACCACCAUACCAUGUUCCCCAAUAUAUACACUCUGAUUUCUUCUCUUGGCAGUGAGAAGCGGUAGAUAUAUUCUAUGAAAGGUAAUUCUCCAAGUCUCUAGGAAGGCCAAAAGAUUAAGGAUGACAUUCAUGUAAGUGAAAUUGUCUGGGAGUGAAUGUUAGUCCCUUGAAGACAGACGUUUCCUCUUCUGAGGGGACAUAUAUAAUCAUUCAUUGGAUUUUUUGCUUUCUACGGGUCAGGAUUAACUGAAUAGAUAAGUGGGGGCGAGAAGAGGGUGAAGUUCACAUGUAGCAGGUUUAUUUCAGUGCAUUCGUGUCUUUUGGUUGAAAUUUUUUUUUUUUCAAAAUAAGUUUUCAAUGAAAAGUCUAAAAAGUAA